AUGGACUCGGACGCCAGUCUGGUGUCUAGCCGCCCGUCGUCGCCAGAACCCGAUGAUCUUUUUCUGCCGGCCCGAAGCAAGGGCGGCAGCAGCAGCGGCUUCACAGGGGGAACCGUGUCCUCGUCCACGCCGAGCGACUGCCCGCCGGAGUUGAGCGCGGAACUUCGAGGGGCCAUGGGCGCUGCGGGCGCGCAUCCCGGGGACAAACUGGGAGGCGGUAGUUUCAAGUCUUCUUCCUCCAGCACUUCCUCGUCCACGUCGUCUGCAGCCACGUCGUCCACCAAGAAAGACAAGAAGCAGAUGACUGAACCCGAGCUGCAGCAGUUGCGCCUGAAGAUCAACAGCCGCGAACGCAAGCGCAUGCACGACCUCAAUAUCGCCAUGGACGGCCUGCGGGAGGUCAUGCCUUAUGCUCACGGCCCAUCGGUGCGCAAGCUCUCCAAGAUCGCCACGCUGCUGCUGGCGCGAAACUACAUCUUGAUGCUCACCAACUCACUGGAGGAGAUGAAGCGACUGGUGAGCGAGAUUUACGGCGGUCACCACGCCGGCUUCCACCCGUCCGCCUGUGGCGGCCUGGCACACACGGCGCCACUACCCACCGCUACAGCCCACCCCGCAGCCGCAGCUCACGCCGCGCACCACCCGGCCGUGCACCACCCCAUCCUUCCUCCCGCAGCCGCAGCCGCAGCUGCCGCAGCCGCUGCUGCAGCGGUGUCCAGCGCCUCCCUGCCGGGCUCCGGGCUGUCCUCGGUGGGAUCCAUCCGGCCUCCCCACGGCCUGCUCAAGUCUCCGUCGGCGGCCACAGCCGCCCCUCUCGGAGGCGGGGGUGGCGGCAGCGGUGGCAGCGGUGGCUUCCAGCAUUGGGGUGGCAUGCCGUGCCCCUGCAGCAUGUGCCAGGUGCCACCGCCGCACCACCACGUGUCGGCCAUGGGCGCCGGCAGCCUGCCGCGCCUCACCUCCGACGCCAAGUGA